AUGUCCUUUCGCUCUGGAAGGCCGAUACAACGCUACGUGCUCGUGCUUUGUGUCUUACUCUUCUUUGUCUUUUAUUCUGGUCAUCAUCUCAACCUCAAUGCCAAGCAAAAGGACCUCAAUCAACCCGACAUUCAACUCGAUUACGUAAAGCCCAAUGGGGAGGAAGUCAAGCAAGACACCUUUCUUGAAAUCGAUCGAGACCUGAUUCGUCAACGAGAACGGCAAGCUAUGCGUCGUCAAAUCGACCGCAAAUACUGUGGACGUGAUCAGUGUCGUUUUAUGCUCCCGAUUGCUAUCACAGAGCAAGAAUCCAAGGCUCAGGAACAUUUCCGUCAACUCGCAUUUUUAUCGGGCAAAUUGGAUCGUACCAUUGUAUUACCCAAUGUUCACAGUUCACAUCUUGGAGCAUGUCGCCAUUUCCCAUUCAGCUUUUAUUACGGUGACCAAUGGCUAGAGAACAACAAGCGCUUCUUUAACUAUAUCACCAUGGAUGAUUUCCGGGAAUGGAUUGCUGAACGUACCGAGGCCCUGGGUAACAUGCCAACAUCUCAAGAAGUCGUCGUUGAUAUCAAUCCCAACUUUCAUUUCCUUGACAAGGCGGAUAAUUGCUUCAAGCACCUCUUGGAUUAUACCGAUCGUCCACGACAUCGAUUCACUUUGGAGGAUCCUGAAAUGUUCAGCAAGCGCAUCGGCAACUACACCGACAUUUUAUUGAACGUAUUGGGUGAUGAAGCACGUGGCCGUGAUUAUCAAGGUGCUGGCAAUGAACAUUUGGAUGUGAUCAGUCUCUUUUAUGAUCGAAGAUUUGGCUAUAUUGAAGAACCCCAAGUCCAUGUGCCUCUGACAUAUAACCAACGCUGGAUCAAUCUUGCUGAUCAGAUUGCUGAAAGGUUACAACCCUUUGUUGCUAUCCAUUGGCGAAUGGAACGACUUGAGCCCGUAUCCAACAUGGUGCCAUGUGCAGAAUCACUUGUAACCAAGGUGCAAGCCAUUGAAAAUGAGCACAAUGAGCCGCUCAAGCUAUUCCUAUUGACCGAUUACCCGCAUUUAUUACGAUCCUCGGUGGCAACCCCCGAAUCCAUGUCUUUCAAAUUGAGUGAGCUUACUCAGGAUCACCAUGACGCUAUUGAGUAUGUAUAUGAACGUUUGGAUGUGACCGUAACGACAUUGCAAAAGGAGAACCAGCCUAUCCCGUAUCAUGAAUUGCCAGCUGAGCAUUGGAACAUCAUCACGGUGCCUCCGUACGCCAAACCACCGGAUAUGAGCGUGUUGGGUAUUGUGGAUAAGUUGGUCGCUAUGCGUGCCCAGUACUUUUUGGCAGGCAAACCCGCCGUGUGUGCCAAGUCGAGCAGUUUCACCAAACGUAUUGCUACGCAACGACAACAAGCAUAUGAGUCGGGUGAUCCCAAUAUUAUUUUGCCAAUGGAUACCUUUUCUCUGUAA